AUGAGAAACUCAAACGAUAUUGAGACAAAGGCUAGUGUGGCCCAUUCGGAGUUUGUAUCUAUUAGGCCUGCUCCGAUGGAAGCCCCUCAAGUCACUUGGUGGAAGCAUCGAGGCUUGCGCAAGCUUUACCCGAUGAUGCCUAUUCUGUUUCUUGGGUCCACGAUCAAUGGGUACGAUGGAUCCCUCUUGAAUGGGCUACAAACAAUGGCCCCCUGGCAAGACUACUUUAACAAUCCAAGUGGCUCUACGCUAGGGCUGUUCACGGCAAUUCAGAACAUUGGUGGCAUAUGUGCUUUGUUCUUUUCCUCAUAUAUCGCCGAUUUUUUUGGACGAAGAGCUGGUGUGACACUCGGCUUGCUGGUUUUGUUUGUUGGAACAAUCAUCCAAGUUGUCCCUUCCGUCAACUCCAACAUGUUUUUGGCAGGAAGAUUCCUUGUUGGUCUUGGAUCCAAUGUGAGCCAAGGAUCUGCUCCUCUACUUAUCACCGAGCUUGCCUAUCCUCAACACCGCGGAAAAUUGACAACCAUGUACAACACACUAUGGUAUCUUGGGUCAAUCAUUGCUGCGUGGACGGUGUUUGGAACUAUAAAAUAUACCUCAGAAGCUGCAUGGAGAAUUCCAGUUGGUAUGCAGGCAGCCAUGCCACUCGUACAGUUCAUUGGUAUCUGGUUUCUCCCAGAGAGUCCUCGCUGGCUCUGUGCCAAGGAUCGUCCGGACGAAGCUCUGGAUGUCUUGAUCAAGUACCAUGGGGCUGGCAAUAGAGACGAUGCCUUCUGUGCAUUCGAGUUUCACGAAAUCCAACAGACAAUCAUGAUGGAAAAGCACAACUCCAAUUAUGGAUGGCAAGUGUUGUUUCAGACUCCAGGCAACCGAAGGCGACUUUUGCUUAUCGCGUUGGUGUCUUUCUUCUCGCAGUGCUCAGGCAAUGGGUUGGUGUCGUAUUACCUUCAUGACAUCCUGGAAUCGGUCGGUAUAACAUCUUCCUAUGAUCAAUCUAUGAUCAACGGAGCCUUGCAGAUCUGGUCUCUGUUGGUUGCCGUCGGCUUCUCCUCUUUUCUUGUCGAUACUCUUGGUCGGCGGCCGCUGUUUAUGAUUGCUGGAGUUGGCAUGUUAACCAGUUUUGCUAUAUGGACUGGCUGCUCUGCGGUAUACGCUCAGACAGAGAAUUCUAGCGCUGGUUCUGCAGUCAUUGCCAUGAUCUUCCUCUUUUAUGGAGUUGCAGGAUUUGCCUGGCCCGGACUGACCGUGGCGUAUCCGGCUGAGAUCCUUCCUUUCCACAUUCGAGCCAAAGGCCUCGCUGUCGGAAUGGCAUUGACUGCUGCAUCAUCUGUAUUCAACCAAUAUGUCAAUCCCGUUGGUUUGGAGGCUCUACAAUGGCGAUUCUAUUUUGUCUAUAUCGCUAUUCUCAUUGUUGAAUGUUUCUGUAUAUGGUUUCUUUUUGUGGAAACCAAAGGCCCAACACUCGAAGAAAUCGCUUCAUUGUUCGACGGUGAUGAUGCAGAUGUUGCAAGCAAUGGACGUGACACCAAAGCACAAACCUCGGAAAAGUAG